AUGAAAAUACCGUACUACACUAUAUAUGAUACCAAACACCCCUCAGGAAAAGCACACGGAGAGACCGCAGUGAUAAUAAGAAACGACAUAAAACACCACCUACACAGCCAAGUCAGUAAGGAAUAUAUCCAAGCAACCACCGUUACAGUACAAACUAGCAGCAAUCAUUUUCAGUUGUCAGCAGUAUAUGUACCGCCGCGACACAAAAUUACAACACAAAUGUGGAAAGAGUACUUUCAACAUUUAGGUGACAAGUUUAUUACAGCGGGAGACUAUAACUCAAAGCACACACUAUGGGGAACAAGAAUUACUUCACCUCGAGGAAGAACCCUGGAAAACUACAUUAGAAACAAUAACCUCAAUAUAUUAUCCACAGGAAGACCGACAUACUGGUCGACAGAAAUGAGCAAAAUACCUGACCUACUCGAUUUUGCAGUUACAAAGGGACUAAACGUAAAUAAGCUAAAAAUUGCACCCAGUCUAGAGCUUAGUUCCGAUCAUACACCCAUAAUAAUUACAUACAGAAACAAACCAAUAAUUUAUAACAAUCCAGAUAUACUAUGCAACAAAACCACCAAAUGGCAAUCAUUUAAUGAAAUAAUCGAGAGUAAGAUCAACUGCAACAUCCCAUUAAAAACACCCGAACACAUUGAACAGGCAGUAACAACAUUUACAGAAACUAUUCAAGAAUCAGCAUGGGCAACCACCAUACCUGAAGCAACCAAAAGACAAACAAAAAUAAUUCCAUGCCAUAUUCUGGGGCAUAACGUUGCCAGGUGUACGGUGGUGAGUCCUGGUAAGAAGCUAUGCAGAAAGUGUGGGGAUAGGGAUCACACCAUUAAUCAGUGCACCAAAAAGCCGAGUUGCGCUAUUUGCGCGAAAGAACAGGAGCAACCUGAGACACAUCACCAGAUAUUCCUGGCAUACCCUGCCGUGAAAGAUAGAAGGAGGGGAAACAAGUUGGAAACAUUGAUUCAGGCGACCAAGAGGAGUCACCCAGCAAUAAUGAUCGCCGGAGAUAUUAACUUAAAGUCCACCGCAUGGGGAGGGCAUGUGAAUUACAGCAGGGGAACCAGCUUCCUGAACAUGUUCACGAAGAACAGGACCAUUCCGAUCAGGGUGAAGGAGGAUCACACAUUCUGCAAGAACGGAAGGAAGAGCUUCCUCGACAUCAUCAGUACGAACAAAGGAUUGGCUAAGAAUUAUGCAGAUAAUACGGGCGACAAGGAGGCGCAUGGGGAUCGUUUACAGACUACUCUGGAAACGACGUGCGCCUCUAAACUUAAAAAGGUGUACUCGCCGAUGGAGCAAAAUAAAUCCGAACAAGGCAGUUGGUGUGGACAGUAUACCAGGGACGGCGGUCAAGGUGUUGGUGGAGAAGAGAGCGGAGAAAUUGUUGAGAGUGUUGAAUGCUGUGAAAGACACGGGCAAGAUUCUGCCGAAGUGAAAGAUAGCGAGAAUGUACUUCGUAAAGUCUGUGAGCACACGUUUAAGAACCUGAUCGAGGAAAACCUGGGGCUGGAUCCAUUCCACGAAGAUCAGUAUGGGUUCAGAAGAAGAACGAGUACGGUGAACGCCCUGCGCCGAGUAGUGGACCUUACUGACUGGUCCAAAAGUUGGGACAAGAUCUUGGAAGAAGCAGAAUCUAGAGGGAUGCCAAGGAAAUUAUUGACGCUCCUCGAGAACUAUCUCGAGAACAGAAAGAUUGAAAGAUCGAUACUUGAACCGCUGCUGUGGAAUCUGGUGUACGACGGUCUACUGAAUGAGUUAAAGGCGAUUCCUAAGAUGAAUGUCGUUGCUUUUGCCGACUACUUGGCAGUGAUUCUCGACGUUGCCACGCAGGAAGAGGCGAAUUAUAAAUUAGGUACGGCGUUGAGCGUGAUCGUGCGGUGGUGUGCCGAGAACUGCAGAAGGUUCGGGGCUCAUUUGGAAAAAAUGUGCGGUAAAGCCGAUGCUCUUAUUAGAGCAUUGAGAUCGUUGCUGCUCAAUAUUAACAAUCCCGCCGGUUAUGCGAAGAAACUUUAUUAUGAAGUCUGGGAGUCGGUGGUGCCUUAUGCGGCGCCUGCAUGCGCAAAGGCGGUAGAAAGGAAGAAGGAUAGAAAUACUCUUAAGAGGGCGCAAAGGGCAGCACUGAUAUGA